AAGCGCCAUCUAUGGUUACUGAAGCUUUAAUCUUCGAUAUGUUAGUCAAGUAGACAUGGACAAAAAUUAGCGUAAACAAACUGCUAUAUUGGUUUACGUUAUUAUAUCUAACUUUUUAUUUGUUAUGUUUAAAAUACUCUUAAUUUUGACUAAAAUGAUGAAUAGUGUAUUCAUAGUUCAAUAUUAAGUUCAUUUUCAUAAAGAAUGUCUUAUUUUAUUGCGCUAUCUUUAUAUUCAAAGAAAGCCUCAUUAUUAACUGGGAGAAUAAAAAGCAGCAAAAGAAGGAAACAUUAUCUUCGUAGUAAAAGUGGAUAAUACUCAUACUGCAUCAAUGGGUUUCUGUAUUUUUCAAAGGAUUUCUGUUUUACGAAUUCUAUGGAACCACUUGACGCGGAAGAUUCUUCAUAAGCAGUUGGUUAAACUGUUGUGAAAGCUUUCAUUUAAUGAGUUGAUCCCAAUUAGAGGGAAUGGAAUGAAUGGUAUAAGACCUGGAAUUACAAGUUUUUAGGGUUGUACUUCUAAGCUGGAUACACUGCCCAGUGUUAAUAAGUGUGUGUUAAAACAACAGCUACACAAACGUUUUCUAACGUUAGUUUCCAAAAAUUGUGGAAAGGCCUUUUAAUUUAAAGAUUCAUAAAAACAAUGUUGUAUAAUAUUUUUGCAUGACGUUUCUGUGUAUUUCUUUCGUUUCUUCCAUUGUAUAACUUAAAUACUUUUGUUGCUUAAUUAUUGCCAACAACUUAAACACUGCUUUCAGAAUAUUUUAAUGUUAUGUAUGUGAAGUAAUAUUUGCUUUCAUCAAUUACUAAAUCUACAUUAGACUUUUAACCUGGUAAAAUGUAUAUUGCAGUUUUUCUAAAAAUCUAACCUUAACCUAAGUCUAAUUUUAACCUGGUAUAAGAAUUACAGUUCAUGUAAAAGUCUGCGAGAAGGUAAGGUAAGGUACAAAAGUUGAUAGAGGGUGGCAGUUAUGAUGAGUGUAAAAGACAGUAAAUUGCUUACUGUUCAUGCUAAUGAGAAACCUUAUUCUUGUAGUGUAUGUCAUAAGAGUUAUUCACAGAAGACCUAUCUGACUAGGCACACUCGCAUUCAUUAUGAUGAAAAACCUUAUUCUUGUUAUGUGUGUGAAAAACGUUUUUUAUUUAAGCAUCAUCUAACUCUACACUUCCGCAUUCAUACCGGAGAGAAACCUCAUUUUUGUAGUGUGUGUAAUAAAAGUUUUGCAAGAUCAGACAAUCUAGUUAGCCACAGUCGCACUCAUACUACUGAAAAACCUUAUUCUUGUGGUGUGUGUAAAAGAAGUUUUUCUGAUAAGACCUAUCUAAAAAAGCACAGUCGCAUUCAUACUGGUGAAAAACCUUAUUCUUGUAAUGUGUGCAAUAAAAAUUUUUCACUUAAGCGAUAUCUAACUAUACACUAUCGCAUACAUACCGGGGAGAAACCUUACUCUUGUAGUGUAUGUAAUAAAAACUUUUCAAGGUCUGAACAUCUAAGUGAACACAGUCGCACUCAUACUGGUGAAAAGCCUUUUUCUUGUAAUGUUUGUAAUAAGAGUUUUUCAAAUAAGCAAUAUCUUACUCGACACAGAUUCACUCAUACUGGCUUGAAACUUUAUUCUUGUAAUAUAUGUAAUAAAAGGUUUUCAUUUAAGAGAAAUCUGACAGAUCAUGAAAGCGUUCAUUCUGAUGAGAAACCUUAUUCUUGUAGUGUGUGUAAUAAAAGUUUUUCGCUGAAGAAAUUUCUAACUAGACACAGUCACACUCAUAUUGAUCAUAAACCUUAUUCUAACAAAACUUUUUCAUGUGAGAGUACACUGUCUGAACACAGUCACGUUCAUACUGGUGAGAAACCUUAUCCUGUAGUGCAUGUUAUAAAAGUUUUUGCCGAAAAAACAUCUAACUAGAGACAGUGGCACUCAUAUCGUUACAAGACAGGAAUCAGAAAAAAUCUUAUUCUUGUUACACGUUUUAAAAGAGUUUUCACAAAGUUUAUAUCAACUGUCCACGGUUUUGUUCAAACUGCUAACUAAUUUUACUCUUGUAAUGGAUGUAAUAAAAGUUUUUUACAUUGUUUAGUGA